CCCUCCUCUUUACUGCAAAGUUUGUUGGGCGUGGCCUACUACUAUGCCCCGCCCAACUUGACCUCCGUUUAUUCUGUUGCUCUCUAAAUAGAAAAAAGGCUAAACACAGUACAGUCCACUAUAUAAAAUUGGAAUGCUACCCUGUUUACAUGGCAGAGCACGAGUAGCUCCAAGUGAGACUGUACCCACAACCCCCAGUUCCCCUGGCCCUGGAGCCAGAGACCUCUCUUCCUUCUUGUACUCCCACUCUGACCCUUGCCCAAGUAUGAGUUCGAGUGAAACAGAUGCUGAUCCAGUCAGACGCAAGUCUCUGGGUUUGCUGGGGUCACUGCUGACUCCACACUACGGUGACUAUGAGGUCUAUCAGUCAAUAGGAGUUGGUUGUGCAGGCACUGCGUCCAUCCUGAUAUCCCAGCACAAACCCAGUCGAAACUUUGUAGUGGUAAGACACAUAGAUCUGGAGCCCCUGUCCUUCCAGCAACUAGGGGAGGUCCAACAUGAGAUCAAGAUAUCCCAACUCCUCCACCAUCAGAACAUUGCCUGCUACCUGAUCAGCUUCGUGGUGGACGCUCACCUCUGGGCAGUGCAACCACUCAUGCAUUACGGCUCAUGUGCUGACAUCAUGCACUCUGCUGAGCCCUUCAAGAACGGGUUCCAAGAGUCAGUGGUGGCAGUGAUACUCAAGGAUGUGGCGCUGGGACUGCAGUACCUCCACAGUCUUGGCUUUGUACACCGGAGUGUGAGGGCAAAGCACUUCCUGAUCCACGAGAACGGCCAGGUGAAACUGUCCGGGCUGCGGAGUGUCGUCUCCAUGAUGAAGGACGGAUCUAGAAUGAAGUCCCUUCACGGUCAUUUCCCUCACACGGUGGACAACAUCUGCUGGCUAGCUCCAGAGGUGCUGGCACAAGACCUAUCUGGCUACUCAUUCAAGUCGGAUACAUACAGUGUAGGCAUUGCUGCUUUGGAGCUGAGCACUGGAGAGGCCCCCUUCGCUGGGCUACCCGUCACUGAGAUAAUGAUGUUAAAGUUACGUGGUCACCCCCCAGUGCUUAUGAGGAGAGACGAGGGCUUCCUUGCCAAAAGAUUCUCUAAUACUUUCACUAAAGUGGUAGAUCAUUGUGUGCACCCUAAUCCCUCAUGCCGCCCCUCUCCCACUAAACUGCUCAGCAUGUCCUUUCUCAGGAGUAAGAAGAAAUUUGGUGUUCUCAAGGACCUCCUGAAGCCCGUGGUGCCGCUGGACACGUCCACACUAAGACCAGUCAGAGAGUUUAUGCAAUCCCUGCUUCCUGUGCCUGUGAAUGAGUUGGAGCAGUUAUCAAUCGAGGGGCCAUGGACUUUAUGAGAUCUUAGUCACCAAAAUUAAUUGUCCAUUUUUUAUUUACUUUUCAAUUUGUGCUUGUAAACUUGUAAACCAUUGAUUAGCCAUACCUGCAUGUGGUGUGGGCAACAAA